GAGUUCCCAACAAUCUCCAGUUAUGGAUCAGUACUCUCCUACUUCACUCUAUUCUAUCGCGGAGGAAGUCACUCCUCAAGACCACCAGAUUCUCUGCCAUGGGGGUACUACAUCUACUCUCGAGCGCCUCCCGUCCCGUCUCCGACAAUCAAAACCACCUACCAAGAACUUGAAGAAGCGAAUCGAAGACCUUGCAUACGAAGUGAGCUAUCUAAAGGCAGAGGUCUCAUGGCAUACAGAAUCGAAGCAAGCCUUGCUUCAGUUCCAAGAGAAAAUGUACCAGCUUUUCCAUCAAAUGGAAGAUGCCCUUGUCCAAGUGAAUGCCAGGAUGCAGGACGCUGAGCAACGUUAUUUGGCGCUGUGGGGUCUCACUGCCAACGCAAAUAGCGCAGAGAGCGUAAUUUGAACAAUGGGAUGUUUAUCGUAUCAGUGCUUGCAGGAAGUGCUAGGUUACAGCGUGGUACAGUAC